AUGACGUACGCGGACAUAGUACGGAAGAUACGGUCGACGGUGGAUCCGAAGAAGAGUCACGUGCAGGAAGCCAUAGGGGAAGCGGGCAGCGUCAGGGCUCUGACCUCCAAGGUUCAAUUGGAGAUCAUGGACCUGGACUGCGUUGCGACUCCGGAUGAUGUGACGGACACUCUUAGACGAGAGACGGGACGAGACGUGGACUUUCGAGUAUACAUUUUCGGUCCGAACCACGCUGAGCAGUACAUGGCGGUCUGCGAACUUGAUUCGCGGGAAGCCGAUGCGCUGCUUCGGCGAGGCAGGAUCGAAAUAGCCUGGGUGCAUUGCCGCGUUCGGGAACGACUGACGGUGACGAAAUGCUACAGGUGCCUUGGCUUCGGCCUCGUAAAGGCCGACUGCAAGGACGUGGACAGGACGAAAUGCUGCCGCAAGUGUGGCAUAUCCGGACACCACGCAACGGACUGUAAGAACAAACCGGUCUGUCCACUGUGUUCCGAGGUUGGGCAUAAGGAAGUAGCGCACCUCGCCGGCACUGGAAGGACCGCAGACAUGCUCCUACCACAGAUAGCCGACGAACGUGACGCGGACAUCCUGAUCCUGUGUGAACCAUACAGGAGAAGGAUGACCCAGGCGUACAUCACGAACGCGACAGAGACUACCGCUAUCUGGGUAAGGGGUGCCACCCAAUUGCGAGUCUUCGACCGUGGAGUAGGGGACGAUUUCGUCUGGGCCAGGGUGGGCGCUGUCACUUGCGUUAGCGUCUACCUGACGCCCAACUGCACUGCGGCGGAAUUCGAGAGGAAGGUGGCGCUCCUAGAAGACGGAAUCAGGGACCUGCCCGGGGAUGUCAUCGUUGCGGGGGAUCUCAACGCGAGGGCGAUCGAGUGGGGAAUGACAGAAACGAACAGAAUCGGACGACUGCUACUGGAAAUGGCCGCAAGGCUGGACCUGGUAGUGGUAAACACGGGAAACACGCCGACGUACAGACGACCAGGGUUCGGAGACUCCAUCCCUGACGUGACGAUGACGUCGGACAGAAUCCUGCCGCAACUGAAACGGUGGCAGAUGGUCGAGGACUACACAGCCAGCGAUCACCAGUACAUCGUCUUCGAAGUGGCGGGACGGACAGUAACGAGACGGACGAGACCCCACCGACCCCCGCGGUGGAACCUCGACAAACUCGACGGACGAAAAUUUUCUGAGGUGCUGAUGGCAGUGUCAGCUCCUGUGACGAAAAUUCCCCCUGAGCUGACUGGCCGGCAAAGGGUGGAAAGAUUGACAGACGAAACGGCCAAACUUAUAGACGGCUUGUGCAACAGCACAAUACCGAAGCAACGACAGAUACAUAAAAGACGACCACAAUACUGGUGGACGGACGAGAUAGCCGCAUUGCGCACGAUAUGCCUGGCAAAUCGGCGACGAGUGACGAGAGCAGGGGGCGGACCCGAAAGGGAAACCUCCAGCAAGACGCGAUGCUGGAGGAAGCUCUGCGAGAAGGUGAACGCGGAUCCCUGGGGAACCGGUUACAAGAUUGUGACCGGCAAACUAGGGGCCCGAGUUCCACCGGAACUCAAAGACGUCGAAACAGCGAGACGGAUUGUUGACGGAUUGUCUCCGAAGCACCUGAUUCGGACGAACGUGACGGACGACACUGACGUGCCGGCGCCCUCCGUCUUUACCGCUGAGGAGCUCACCAGAGCAAUGAACACGAUGAAGACUGGCAAGGCGCCGGGACCAGACGGAGUACCGGCUUGGACGAUAGAUGACAGAUCACGGACUGCAACUCGCAACACAGAAGACGAAACUGAGUUUUCUUACUAG